AAAGGCUUGACGUCUGCGCGUUGUUAUCAGAUUGAUGGGUUGGGUUUGAUUGAAGUGUCUUUGUCAUGCAAAUGUCAGGCGCGUGAUGGAUCACCGCGCGGAGCUGACAAACCUCGCGAGGCGGCUGGCCAUUGGCGCGGCCCGGGCUCACGUGACCCGCCGGCGAGGUGAUAUGUGUUUUGGGAAGCCGCAGCCCGAGCAUGGAGGGAACUUUUUACGGGUUUGACAUAACUACCUAGAGAGGUUGCAGGGCAGCAGGGAAUUCCCCCCUCCAAAAAAAAAAAAACACACACUCAGCCAGCGCAGGUUGGGCCCUCCUCCAUCACUGGCUCAUGGACAGUACCAGAAUGAACUCCUUCCUCGAGUACACGAUUUGCAAUCGCGGGAUGAGCGCCUACUCGCCCAAGGCGGGGUACCCACACCUGGAUCAGGGCAUCGCGUCGCCUUUUCCUGCCAGCGCGGGCACACCAAGUGACAGCUUCCACGGGGAUGCGCGGUUUUUCGUGGGAGGGGGCGCCCCCGCCGCCCCCGUGCAACAUCAGCACCAGAACCCGAACUACUCGCACCCUUACCCAAACACGGGGCCCGCGGCGUACGGCUCCCAGGCGCCUAACCAGGAGUACGGGCACCAGUUCUUCAUCGGCCCGGAGCAGGAGGGAGUCUACUUCCAGUCCUCCGGCUAUUCGGCUCCCAAUGUCGGGCCCAGCCUGGGCGCUCUGGCGGGCGGGUAUUGCGGGACCCCGGGCGCGGUCCCCAGUACUCAGUACCAGCACCCCGCCUGUGCGGGUCCGGAGCUGCAGCAGGGGGGGUACUUGCAGAACUCCUACCCCGGCCUGUCCCCCACCCAGGGAGGGGAAAAGGAGCUGAGGUGCCCCGCAGAACAGACCCCUUCGGGGCAGACCUUCGAGUGGAUGAAAGUGAAGAGAAACCCACCCAAAACAGCUAAAGUUGCCGAGUACGGAGCUGCCGGCCCGCAGAACACCAUCCGCACCAACUUCACCACCAAGCAGCUGACGGAGCUGGAGAAGGAGUUCCACUUCAACAAGUACCUGACCCGCGCCCGGCGCGUGGAGAUCGCCGCCACGCUGGAGCUGAACGAGACGCAGGUGAAGAUCUGGUUCCAGAACCGCCGGAUGAAGCAGAAGAAGCGGGAGAAGGAGGGCCUGGCCCCGGCCGCCGGCGCUGGCACCUCCCGGGAGCCCGGCGAGCACUCGGACAACUCGGUCUCCACCUCACCUGACGCUUCGCCGAGCUCGGCUGCCUCCUGAUCUCCCCCC